AUGGAGGUGGCCAUGGUGAGCGCCGACAGCUCCGGCUGCAACACCCACAUGCCCUAUGGAUACGCGGCCCAGGCGCGGGCCCGCGAGCGGGAGCGCCUGGCCCAGUCCCGGGCAGCGGCGGCGGCGGCCGUGGCAGCGGCCACGGCAGCGGUGGAAGGUGGGGCGGCGGGCGGAGGGGGGCCCUACCACCACUACCACCAGGAGCAGGCCCGUGGGGCCUCCUCCUCACGCUCAGGCAGCCUGCCCCGCCGGCAGAGCGGCAAGAGGAGGAAGAAGGGCAAGAAGAGGAGCCACCAACUGGGCAGCAGGGAGUGUGGGGCCUCCUUCCCCUGCUCCGAGCUGCUGCCGCUCAGUGGUUCCGAGGAGAGAAUACUGAAGGACUUGAGCGAGGAGGAGGAGGAGGACGAAGACGAGGAUGAAGACGACGAGGAGGAAGGGAAGCUCUACUACAGCGAUGACUAUGGGGAGGAUGAGUUUUCCUACUCGGACCAGCCGCCCGAUGAUGGGGGAGGCCCCGGGGGUUACAGCUCCGUCCGCUACAGCGAGUACGAGUGCUGCGAGCGCGUGGUGAUCAACGUGUCGGGGCUGCGCUUCGAGACCCAGCUGAAGACCUUGGCUCAGUUCCCAGAGACGCUGCUGGGGGACCCAGCCAAGCGGGGCAGGUACUUUGAUCCUCUCAGGAACGAGUACUUCUUCGACAGGAACCGACCCAGCUUUGACGCCAUCCUGUACUACUACCAGAGCGGUGGGCGGCUGAAGAGGCCGGUCAAUGUGCCCUUUGACAUCUUCUCUGAGGAGGUGAAGUUCUACCAGCUUGGGGAGGAGGCCAUGCUCAAGUUCAGGGAGGAUGAAGGUUUUGUCAAAGAGGAAGAGGAAAAGGUUUUGCCGGAGAAUGAGUUUAAGAGGCAGGUUUGGCUGCUGUUUGAGUACCCGGAAAGCUCCAGUCCAGCCAGAGGCAUCGCCAUUGUCUCUGUCUUGGUCAUCUUGAUCUCCAUCGUCAUCUUUUGUCUGGAGACUUUACCAGAGUUCAGAGAUGACAAGGAAUUCGUCAUGUCCCUGAGCUUAGGGAAGGGGCUUUCCAACGAGUCUCUCCGCCUGGAUGCCGGCGAGCACACCAUCUUCAAUGACCCUUUUUUCAUUGUAGAGACCGUGUGCAUCAUCUGGUUCUCCUUCGAGUUUACAGUGCGCUGCUUUGCGUGUCCCAGCAAAGCACACUUCUUCAAGAACGUCAUGAACAUCAUAGACAUUGUGUCCAUCUUGCCUUACUUCAUCACCCUGGGCACGGACCUGGCGCAGGAGCAGGGCAGCCAGCAGGCCAUGUCCUUUGCCAUCCUGAGGAUCAUCCGUCUCGUCAGGGUGUUUCGCAUCUUCAAGCUCUCCAGACACUCCAAGGGUUUGCAGAUCCUGGGCCACACGCUCAGGGCCAGCAUGAGGGAACUUGGCCUCCUCAUCUUCUUCCUUUUUAUCGGAGUAAUUUUGUUUUCCAGUGCUGUUUAUUUUGCAGAAGCUGAUGAGCCUGCCACCCAUUUUCAAAGCAUCCCAGAUGCCUUUUGGUGGGCCGUAGUGACCAUGACUACGGUCGGUUAUGGGGACAUGAAACCCAUAACCGUGGGUGGGAAGAUAGUCGGGUCCCUGUGUGCCAUUGCAGGAGUGUUAACCAUUGCUUUACCAGUGCCAGUGAUUGUCUCCAAUUUUAACUAUUUCUACCACAGAGAAACUGAAAAUGAAGAGCACACGCAGAUGAUGCAAAAUGCUGUCAGUUGCCCUUACCUCCCUACAAAUUUACUGAAGAAAUUUAGGAGCGCAUCAUCUUCGUCCACAGAGGAUAAAUCAGAGUAUUUGGAGAUGGAAGAAGGAGUUAAAGAAUCUCUUUGUGUAAAGGAGACUAAAAGUCAGGACACGGGGAAUAGCAGUGAGUCAGAGAAGAAAAACUGUGUAAAUUCAAAUUCUGUGGAAACUGAUGUGUAGUUUUGAGCGUUUCCAAAUAUAUUUAUGCAUUAAAGAGUGCAGUGAAAAUAACAAAAUAUGCAAACAAGAGUCUGCAGCAUACAGUAGUAUGCCAUUUAAUGGUUAAAUACAAAUAAAAAAGCAUUGCUGAACAUGUAUUACAUAUCAAAUAAGUGGUACAACUUGAGGAAAGGAUUGCUAGAUCUGAUAAAUUUUCAGACUUUAUAUUUUUAUUAGAAUGCAAGUGUUUUGCACAUGAGGCUGAAAAAUUUAUUAAAACCAAGUCAGUUUUAAAGUGGGUGCAUGAACUGUUGACAUCACUAAUAACAGCUCUGUGGUAAAAGUUGGCAUUCAGAGGUAUUUACUAUGUAAGAAACAAUGAAGUUUGGUAGUCAUUUAUCUAUUUAUCAGUGCUUUAAUAGCAGCUACCAUAAAUCAUUGGAUACCAUAGUCAUUGUUUUUCAAAUGGUAAAUUUAUUGUAAAAAGAUAUUCUACAGAAGAUAGAUCUAAAUUUUUUUUUCUUGAAAUCUAUAAUGCUUGUUUCUAACUGGAAAUUUACUUUGGAAAGGCUGUUGACCCUCCAGAAAUUGUUUAUUUUUAUAACUCUCUUUGGAGGCAUUGCAGCAUUUGUUGUCUAAUAAUGAAAGAAAUGAAGUAAGAGAAUUGUUAAACCUGGUCUGACUGCAAAGGCAAAAUGACUGGAAUGCUUUUUUGCACUACUUUAUAUGCUGGAGAUAUAUUGAAAGAGACUUCAUACUGUGAAUGUUUACUAAUGUAAUAGUUCAAUGACAAUCAUUGGGAGAGUGAAUUCUGCAUCAUAUUUUAUUGUUUCUUCUUUCUCUGUGAUGCUGAUGGCAAAACAGCUGACAUGACAUCAAUUCCAUUCACUUUUUAAUUAUGAAUAUCUGUGAUCUGGAAAAGGAUUGUGAAGUAAAAUUUUCUAAUCAAAAUUAUUUGAAAUCGGUGUUUUCUACUGAUUUCUAUUUCUCAAGAAAUACCAACAUAAUUUCUAUCCUUUUUUUCUUUUUCUGCUUAAUUUAGCAUUCAGAGUCUAUGAUUAGUACAUGCACUUUGUCAGUAUUGAGGAAAUUUGGUGUAUGGGAGGUAGAAAUAAUAAGAUACUCAGUUGUUACAAUGCUGACAAUGGAGGAUUGCUGACUUUUAAUAAUGUGCUAUUAUUGGUGCUGCAUUUCCCCUUGAUUACAGCUUUCAGCCAUGUAUAUUUGAAGCAACAUUUAAGAUCUAAACCAGGCAUUUUGGGUUUCAAAAGGAACAUAUUGGGUCCCAUGGAGUCCUUGCGAAAGCAUUCCAUGGUUUCUCUUCACUGAUUUUCAGGCCAGCUAUGCUUUGCUAUGUGUCAAAACCUCCCACUGCCCUGCCUAGGAGGUUCAGGUAGGUAAAGAUUAGCUGGCCUGCAGUAUAUUCCAGAGUCCAGAAUAAGAUAGGUAAGCUAUUGCUGCAUACAACAUAAAUAAUAGAUUCAGAACAAGGUUUUUUCAGACUUGCCAUUACCGAGGGAAGGCACAAUUAAGCCGUCACUGUUUUUGAAGAGGCACUGUGGAACAUUCCAGAUUAUAAAACUUGAACCAAAUUGGCAUAUGCACUUUAAGGUCUGGGACAGGCUGUUAUGGAAGGAAAAAGGA